UUAUUGCCAAGAAACACCAAGCAACAUCUAUAGCUAUUAAAUGAGCCUUUCAUAAACACUAUAAAUACCAACACCAAAGCUUGAGCUUUCUAAAGCACAAAGAGAAAAAAAAAAAGGAAAAAAAAACCCUAAUUAGGAUCUGAAAAACAGUGUUUUUUCUAAAUCAAAAAGCUCUUCUUUUUCCUUUAAUUUGUGUGUUGUGUUUGAAAAAUUAAGAAAUGGCAAGAUCAAUAAUGUCAUCAGAGCCUCUUGUUGUUGGGAGAGUGAUAGGAGAUGUUCUUGAUUCCUUCACUCAAAGCAUGAAGAUGUGUGUUUUUUAUAGUAAUAAUAAACAAGUUUUCAAUGGCCAUGAGUUCUUUCCUUCUGCUGUUGCUGCUAAACCUAGGGUUGCAAUCCAUGGAGGAGACUUGAGAUCUUUCUUCACUCUGAUUAUGACUGACCCAGAUGUUCCUGGGCCAAGUGAUCCUUAUUUAAGAGAACAUUUACAUUGGUAA